AUGAUGUUCACGCCUCCGCCAAAAAACAACACCUCUUCGCGUUCUUCUUUAGGAGGAGGCGGCGUCGACGAUUCAGACGAUUUAGACGAUGAAAAGAAGACGAAGAAGAGCAGCAACAUUAACAUUAACAACAAACGUUCUUCUUCUGCUUUCUCGACGACGCCUCCGCCGUUGUCGUCGGUGUCCUCCUCCUCGAUGAUGACGAUGAAGAAGAAAAUACUCGUGUUAACGAAAGAGCGAGACGAGGCGAGGGAAUUCGGAGAGACUGCCGUUGCGCUCUUCAAGAAGGAAAAACUUCAGAUGAAGAACGAAGCGAAGGAAACGCAGGUUCAAUUGCUGAACGAGAAAAGACUCUGGGAACAAGAGAGGAAAAGGUUGAACAAAGAAAUGAAGAGGUUGGAGAACGAAGUGGAGAGGUUGAAGAGAGAGAAGGAAGAGGAGGAGAGGAAACGGACGUCGAUGGAGAACGAAAAUCAUCGGGCGACGACGAGCGCCCCCGCGGAAGACGACAAAGCCGAGAACAACAACAAUAACGCCAACGAAAUAUCUUUGACUGAAUUUUUAGACAUGGAAGUCGCAUUACAUAAAGAGCGCGAAAGGAGCGCGCAAUUAGAGAGAGAUUUAGAAGCGAGAGCGAAAGAACACGCGAUGAAGAACGAACAGACAAAACUUGAAAUAUCCAAGAUGACCGCGGAGAGGGAGACGUUGAAGGCAAACGUGAAGAACUUGUAUAAAAAAUUGAACGAUUGGGAUCAAAUGCAAGCGGAGAAUUUGAAAGCGCACGAAGCGUUGCUCAGAAAAGAGGUCGAGGUACACAAGCAACACUACCAGAACGAGCUCGAGAGAGCGCAAAAGGAGCACGAAUUCCAUUUGCAAUACGAAAAGAAUCAAAAGGAACAGCAGUACGAAAGAUACGAAAGAGAGAAGAACGAGAUCGCCGAGAGAGAAUACUCGAAAUAUAGAAGGGAGGUGGAACGGGCGGUAUCCGAAGCACGAGCAAAAGCCGAAGAAGAGUUCAACGAAAAGAUAGAACGGUUCGAACGAGAAACGAGAUCGAAAGAACGCGAAGUUCGAAAAGAAAUUCGAUUGUUGGAAAUCGAGUGCGAGAAAAUGGUGGAAGCGCGAGUGAAAGAGGCGGUGAAAACGAUCGCGCGCUCCGUUGAGGAAACUUUCGAUAUGACAGCAAACACUGGAUUAGGUUUUACGAAAGCUUUGGACGAGCAGAAAAAGAAAAUAGAUGCUUUGGGUAUGAAGUGCGCGACGAUGGUUGAAAAAGCCAAAAUAAAGCUGGAGAAAAUCGCGGUGAAAAGAGAAGAGGCGUUGAGAGAACUCGCGAAUGCGAUUGAAAUGACGAGCGACAAAAGACGAGAGUUUGAAAAAUACGAAGAGAGAAUGCAUCAACGCGAGUUCCAUGCUCAUCACCAUCAUCGCACACGGGCAUAUCAAACUUCUGAACAAGAAGUAGAAGAAGAGUACGACGAUCCGUUUUCGCCGGAAUCGAAAAGUUACGUCUCCAGAGGAGAUGAUGAAGAUUUCGAUUACAACUGCUUAGAUCCAUUCGGAGACGCCUCCAACCGAAACGUAACAUCGAAUCAACAUCAUCAUCAUCACCGUCACGAUGAAAACGACGAAGUGCACACGUUGAUGCGGCAGGUAAAGCUCCUACGAAGAGAACUCGAAGGUUUGGCAAAAACUAGGAAAGACGAAAGCAGCGCUUUGAAGCAAAAAAUAUUGAGAACGGCGGAGAGAAAGAGAGAGAAGAAGAAGGAAAAGAAAGAGAUCCUGACCUCCGUGCGCUCGCGUUUAGAUUCGCUCAUGCUGAUGAAUUAG